CGCCGCGCCACGUGCGGUCAGAGCCGGCCUGCGGGAGGGGCGGGGGCAGCGCUGCCGGGAAAACACGCGUGGGGAGCGGUGGGGUGCGGGGUUCGGCAGUGGGGUGCCACGGGAACGUCCGUCCUCGCUUCCAUCUGUUUAGCAUUCCCUGGCUAAGGAACGAACGGAGCGCCCUGUAAUGAAGGUUUAUUCUCAUUUCUGUAUUGCUGUGGCUAGAGCUGGUGGAGAGCGCAAGGAGAUCUGACAGCUUCAGCAGUGGGUGCCGAAGGAGUUCCCCAAGUGGGAAGCGUUAGCUCUUGCUAGCAGGUAAUCUCGUCUUGAAACUGUUGGGUCUUCCCUGGUCCAAUAUCCGGACAGUCUUGAAACAGAAAAAAAGUCACCACUGACGUCUGUGAUGGGCUCACUAAGAGCAAAACAGGAUGCCUGCAGGAAAGCAUGAUAGAGUUCCCCCAAAUUCUCUGUGGUUGCAGGGAGGGCACGCAGAUGCACAGCAGGCUGAGACAUUCCUGCAUCCUUUUCCAUCCUUCUCCAUUCCCCGUGUUCCCAGCAGGGCAGAGCCGUGUGACGCCAAAGGGUAAGUGCCAGGAGCCCCACGAGCACUGAGCUUUUGGCUCUGGUAGGAGACACUCUUCUCCAUCUCCAGAAGAGGCAGUUUUUUUAUUUUUCUUUUCUUAUUAUUUUAUUUUAUUAUUUUAUUUAAUUUUAAUUUAAUUUUAUUUUAUUUUUUCCCCGAAGUUGAUGGGUUCCCUGGGAUUCCGGUGGCUGUGUGUUCGCUCCUUCCGUUAAGCAGGUACCCGCAGCACGUUCCUUCCCGCAGUUUCCUGAUGCCCCGCGCUCCCCGGCCGCUGAUCCGGCUUGUGCUGAGGCCGCGGCGUGCGGGAGGAACCACCAGGUGGCGACGUCUCUCCGUGCUGCUGCUGCUGCGGUCUUUGGUGGCUUUUCCGCCCUUCGCUCAGAAGCAGGAGCAGAUGCAGCUUGCUAGCUUGCUGCCUACCGGCACCGCUCAAUGCACGCUGGCAGAGCCGCCCCAUGCAUUGGAGAGGCAGCUUCCCCCUUUGCAGGAGGCACAGCACUGCUGACCUCAUCAGGAUCCCACCUCGUGCGUUGACGUGGAAUGAAGUCACCGUGGAGCUGGGACCCGGCAGUGAGCUGCAGGGCUGUGUGUGACAAAGAGAGCAACCUGAAGACAGGGGACUGCGAAACCUCCAUGACGUGCUUUGGAAAAAUACGUGGUCAGAGGGUGAAUACGCAGAGGAGAAGGAAUGCUCAGUUUGGGAUGAGCUGCCCUGGUUCUGCAGCCCCAACCGCCAUCUGUUGCGCUGAGCUCCAUCUAGCUCAGGCCGUAACUGUGCUCUCACCAGAUGUUAGCUUACAUGAGCUGCAUGUAAAAGUGAACUGGUGCGAGAGCUGUGGCCCGAAGUGCUUUCAGUAGGGUCUGACCUGCCGCAGUGACGACGUGCUAGCCGGCCUCUCGCUGCGGGGAUGCGCUCCAGAAGUCGCAGGUGUGUGGCUGGAGCUUGGUCAGUGAGUCAGGAUAGGAAAUAUCUUCCAAAGCUCCAAAUAAGACAAAACAAACUGAGCUUUAGCACAUGCUCAACCGAUUGAGCCUUUGGCAAAGUAUGACAUGAAUUUUCAGGGCUCUCACUGAGGCUGCAUCUUGCCUGCUGCGUCCUUCGGCGCCGAUCCUCCAGAACAGGAAAGUCGGAAUAAAGCUACGAGUGCAAAGCUGGCUGCUCAUGGAAUAUCUGCAGCGUGAUUGGCACUAAUGCUCUGCAGCCAGUGGGAGAAGAUACGUUACCCAAGUAAGUGAAAUGAGCACCGAGAUGGGGGAUAUAUGAUAACUUCUGAAGCAGAAGGAAUAAGACCUCAGGCAACAGAGCUCCAAACAGCGCACUGUCUUUUUUCCAUUUCUGAGCCCGUGGUGUUCAAUUAACCCCUUUUCUCUGUGCUGCGUUCUCUAUCCUGCAGGCUUGCAGAGCUUUACCCACCCUUCUGGCUGAUGACAUGUUAAACACUUGGUUUGCGAUCAUCAAUUUUCUCCUGAAAUGAUACCCAAAGCUCUGCUGUUUUGAUUUAAAGUGAUUUCGAGUCUUGUAGUUAACAGUUAAGGAUGGUCCUGUCCAAGAGAAUCUAACUUGAGGAAGCCAUGAAAUUUAAUUCAUUUCUGCAACUUAAAUAUAUAAUCAGUGACAUAUGGGAAUACUAAAUACGGGGGGAAAUGUCAUUGCUUAAGUAAAAUUUCUGCAUUCAGUCAAAACCCAGCAGUUGUAACAUCAAACUGUAGUUUCCAUUGUACAGGAAAUAAAGCAUCAUUUUUUCAAAGAAAAUAGACAUGCAAUUGCAUGCCUGUUAUGUUGCUUAUACAGCUUUAUGCUUAAUUUUCUCCACGUUGCUGUUAGUGAAGGGCCAACAGAAGGGAAACUGAAGGGAGAAGGAACAACGCGAUACACCGAGCCUGCUGGAACGUGCCCAGGAGAUGGCUGUGCUGGGAACACAGGCUCUUUCCCUGCUGUUGUCCCUGUGCCUGGACCAGGGGCACCGUGCUCCAUGGGACCUUCCCCAGAGGGAGCUCUGCAGCUCAUGGUUACACGAAAGAUUCUGAUUUUUUUCCUCCUCCCUCACCCCAGCAGUGUCUCCAAGAGCCUUUUGGCUGCUGCUUCUUCCGCUGAGCUCCAGCUCCUCAUUGGUCUCCGCACACAGCCCCUUCCUCUCUCUCUGUAAUUGCCUUGUUUGCUCCUCCAGCCUUGCACUUCAUCCAUCUUCCUAUUUCCCCUCUCUGAUCUACUCCUCAUGGCCGCUUCCUUCAGUUUUGCUGCUGGAAUGUGAAGCAUCUCUCCAGAAAAAUAGAAGGUCUCUGUGAACUUUUACCACCCCCCUGUAUUCCCUCUCCUUCACCUCUAUCGUCUCCUCGCAGAUGGUGGGACAAGCACUCACAUUCGUUCUCAGGCUUGUAACAUUGGCGCGUUCCCUUCCCUUGCUUUUUUCACAUGAUGAUGUGAAAUGAGGAUAAUUCUGCCCAUUUCUCUGCUCCUCAGGGCUGGGCUCAGUUUGAGGAAAGUGCUUUUGAGGCUGUUGUGAUGCUUGGAGCGCUGCUGUUGCUUUUGUCCCCUGACUACGGCUAAUUGCGGCCACAUUUGCUUCUACUCAAGAUAGGAAAGACAAAAGCUGCAUCAGACGCAGCCAUCGAUUAGCACAGCUCUCGGGUCUGAAGGGCAUCAUCUGCCUGAAGGCAGCAUUAUACAUCGAGAUAUUCCCUGCCAUUAUCUGCUUAUUUUCUUUUCCUUUUUGCUGAAGAGGCACCGGGCAAAGGGGUUUCUGUCUGCUGGGAGGGCACCUGCCUCCCCAGCACAGCCUUGUGGGAAUUGCCCAGCUCAGCUUUUCGGAGCCCUGGAGCACCUGCUUGAAGGUGGGCACCUGGGAGCAGCUUGUUCUCUCCAGGGGCAGCCCGGCAGAGUGUGGGCCCCCGGGUUGGUCAGACCACGCACUGAAUCAGAUGGAUGGAGGGAAGGAAGAAGAAGAGUUUAUUCUGCUGGAGCAGUGGUACCAAGCUGCUCAUGGCAUAAAGUUACACAAAGAAAAAGAAUACAUAAUUCAUCAUCAACUGCCUAAAAUCUAGCUUUCUUUCUUCUGUGUCUUGUUGUGUGUCUGCCUGCAAACCCACAGCCUUCAUGGGACUGCUGCCUCCUUUUUGUUCCCGUCCUUCUUUUUUAUAGCUCUCUUAGGCAGCUAAGGAGGGCGGGUUAACCCUUGAAGGAAAGCCCAACACCGCCGUGCUAUGGCCACAUUUGGAGGUACCACUCCGUGCUCCUUCCAGGCUGGUGAUAAUGCAGACGCAGCAUUGCCAGAUGUGCUGUCCGGCCAGGCGGUCGUGGUGAUGGAUGCCCUGCUCCUUGCAUGCAGGAAGGGGGAAGCUCUCCGUGGGUUUGCCUUCCGCAUGCUGGUGCGGGGCUCCCCUCCAGCCAGGCUUCCUAGGGCAGACAGAUGGUUUUGCUUGUUGCAGAGCUUCACAGGACACCUCCAUUAAAGAGCAAUGCGUGGAUACCUCACUAAAUCAAGCUGCUGUCUGUUCACUCAGGUGAUACAUCGGCAUGGUAGGAAAUGGUUUCAGCAGCAGGGUUCACGCUGUGCAACACCAACCUUUAGGCACUCGUAACCUCAGGAGGUUGCAUUCCAGACAUUAGGUCUCUUGCGGUGAAAUAGAUGGACGCUGCAGUGCAGAAGGAGCAAAAAAAACCCCACCUCAAUAAAAAGAACUGUGCUGUUAUGGGGUCUGAUGGCCGCUUUUAGUGUCCUUGCUCCUCUCAGAAAUCAUCUGAGGAGAAUAGAAAUCAUUUGGGGAGAACUCCUAUGUCAGGCCGUGGUGCAGGGCAAGCGUUUAGGAGUCUGAAAAGAAAAGCUUUUGAGCAAAUUGUCUACGGAUAGCAUUCUUUAUUUUCACUAGCUGAGUUUUCUCCUUGAUGGCUUCUUUGAGAGCAUCCAUAACUCAGGUUUACUUGACAGCAAUACAGAAACAGACAUGGUUGAUAUCUUGGGAAUCAAAGACAUGACGAUUUUUGUUUUUUAAAAAGGCUGUCUAGCUUGUUUUAUCCUUCCUAGCCUAAUGGAGGUUUGUUUGGUACAGCACAUCCUCUGACCAUAAUAACUUUCAUCCUUUAUGAGCAGACGUUUAUUUUCUAGGGAACGCAAAACGUCUCUCCUGAGGAGGUUUUUCCUAUUUUCCUUUGGGCUGACAUGUACAGCUGGAGACCUCCGUUUAAUUCGUCUUCUAGGCUUAAUUUAUCUCCUGAUUCUUCAUUCCUUCCCUCUGUCAGCCCUGCCGCAUAGAGGUGGAACCCUUCCACAGCCGCUCGGAUCAUUUACAACAGCCACUUCCACAGGCAGUAGCGAGGCAAAAAUCGAAGUGAGCACCUCUGAUAACAACGUUAGCUGCAGAUUUCAGCGUUUGUGAGCUGCAACUGACUGGGGGGGUGCCAGACAUUUGUAGACACACACAACAAGACAGGCCCCUGCUCUGAUCGGCUUGUAAAUGAAAGGAAAGUACAUUGGCAGGAGCAGAAGGGAUGAUACGACAUGCUUUAAAUAGUUUAUUGGGAGCUGGAGGAUUGCUGUUUAUUUGGUGACGUUGGGAAAAUAUUUAAUGUGCUUCACUUAAACUUAAACUCUUUAUAGCAGUGCUUCUCCUCCCCCGGUUUUCUUUCCCAAUGACUGUUUUGAAGAUUAAAACCAGCACGUUGAGAGUAGACAGAAAAUAGAGAAACGUACUUCCAGAUCGACCAGAACCGCGAGUAAAUCUUCAUAGAUACUUCUUUUCUUUUUUCUUUUCUUUUUUUUUUUUUUUCCCUUUUUUUGAGCGAGCCAGGCUUUCGAAAGCAAUUAUGGUAACAGAAGAAAGGAGCGGCGCUUCGCACGGCGGAGCCAGAGCCGCUGCUGUAAGCUGAGCUCCGAGCGCCGCUGCGCUCCGGCAGUGACACCGGCGUUGGGGCCGCCCCGUCGGACGGCUCCGCCCGUGCCCCGACGGCAGCGGCGACCCCGACGGGAGCGCUGCCCGAGCCCUGCGGCCGCGUGUGGGCUGAUCCCAGCGCCGGAGUCCGCCUUCAGAGCGGGGACGGGUUGCGAGGGGUGUUUCGUGCUAAACACGUUUCUCCUCCGAAGUAUCGUGUUUGUAACGGAGAAGGUUAAGCGGGGUGAUUUGUUUUCUUUCUUGUGCUUCACUACGUAACACGUCGGAGUUUCGUUUUGAAAUAGAAGCAGGGGGAGAGAGAUUAACUUUCGGCCUGCAGUCACAGUGCUUAUCGGCCAACAGAUGACGGUGAAGCUCUGCUAUCUUUUGAUCAUACAGAAAACAAAUAAGCAACAAUAAAAAAAGACCAACAAAAAAUAAAUCUCACAAAACAAAAUGAUAAUAAUAAGCCCAAACAAACAAAGGAGACAAUAUGGGAACUCGUGUCCCUCGUUCGGAGGUGACCCACAAACCAAACUACUGCAGCUCCGGGGCCAGCGAAUUGCUAUUGCAAACUGCGGCUGAAGCGUUCUCAGCCGAACACAACUUUCCAACCUUAAAUUGCCUUCUUCCUGUCCCGGGAUGCCAGGACUUUGCACAACUGAAAUUGCACGGCCCUUUCCCCCGGAUCCUCUUACUUCCACAGCGCUCCAUCCCCGCUGUCUGCCGCCGGGCACCGCGCGCUGCUUUUUGUCGCCGGGUGCUGCGACGUGAUCCCCGCUCCCCGGCCGUGUCCCCCCCAAAUCCUACUUCGUGCACCUCCCGCUGAGCCCUCGCAGAGGCAGGGGUUGCCUCAUCCUUUCGCCGUACAUCGCUCCCCACCGCCCGCUCGGCUCGGGUCGGCCCUUCCGUGCUGUACACCGGGCCCAGGCAUCCCUCGGUGUUGUUUCCUCGCCUCUUUUCUCCUCGCAGUCCCGGCCGCCCCCGGCCUCGGAAUGCGCUGCCCGCAGGUGGGUGCCGUUCCCUCGCCGCUGGGCCCGGGCCCGUGACCAGCAGAUGGAGCUGCGGGCCCCGGCCCCUACGCUGCGGGCGCCGACGGCAGCGGGCCCGGCGGGCGCGGCACGAAUCAGCCCGGACGCGGCCCCGUUCUGUCGCCGGGCGAAUGGUGCCGGGGCGGAGCGCGGCGGCGGCGGAGGGCCCAGCUCCCGGCGGCUGGUGACCCUGGCGAGGGGCCUGGCCCCCGCCUUCCUGCGCUUCGCGGGCAAGAGGACGGACUUUCUGCAGUUCCACAACGUGAAGAACCCGGCCAAGAGCCGCGGCGGGCCCGGCCCCGAUUACUACCUCAAGAACUACGAGGACGACAUUGUUCGCAGUGACAUUGCCCUGGAUAAGCAGAAAGGCUGUAAGAUCGCCCAGCAUCCUGACAUAAUGUUGGAGCUACAGAGGGAAAAGGCAGCUCAGAUGCACUUGGUUUUGUUAAAGGAGCAGUUUUCAAACACAUACAGCAACCUCACACUAACAGCCAGGUCUCUAGACAAACUCUAUAACUUUGCUGACUGCUCUGGCCUUCACCUGAUCUUUGCACUGAAUGCUCUGCGCCGAAAUCCCAAUAACUCUUGGAACAGCUCCAAUGCACUCAGCCUGCUGAAGUACAGUGCCAGCAAGAAAUACAACAUCUCCUGGGAGCUGGGCAAUGAGCCCAAUAACUACCGGACCUUGAUUGGCCGCUCAGUGAACGGCAGCCAGCUGGGGAAGGACUACAUUCAGCUGAGGAGCCUGCUGCAGCUCAUCCGUACCUAUUCCAGAGCAAACCUCUAUGGACCGAACAUUGGGAGACCCAGGAAGAAUGUCAUGGCUCUCUUGGAAGGGUUCAUGAAAGUGGCUGGCAGCACAGUGGAUGCUGUUACCUGGCAACAUUACUACAUCGAUGGCCGAGUGGCCAAAGUGACCGACUUCCUGAAAACACGCCUGCUAGACACACUGUCCGACCAGAUCAGGAAAAUCCAGAAAGUUGUGAACACGUACACACCGGGCAAGAAGAUUUGGCUGGAAGGCGUCGGUGCUACCUCUGCUGGAGGCAUGAACAACCUCUCCGAUUCCUAUGCGGCCGGGUUCCUGUGGCUGAAUACAUUGGGCUUGCUGGCCAGCCAAGGCAUUGAUGUAGUGGUGCGGCACUCCUUCCUUGACCAUGGCCACAACCACCUGGUGGACCAGAACUUCAACCCCCUGCCGGACUAUUGGCUGUCCCUACUGUACAAGCGGCUCAUCGGACCCAAGGUGCUGGCCAUCCACGUGGCCGGUCUGCAAAGGAAGCCCCGGCCGGGCAGGGUGAUCCGUGACAAGCUCCGCAUUUACGCCCACUGCACCAGCUCCCACAACCACAAUUACGUGCGAGGUUCCAUCACCUUGUACAUCAUCAACCUGCAUCGCUCCCGGAAGAAAAUCAAGCUGGCGGGGACGCUGCGGGAUAAGAUCGUCCACCAGUACCUGCUGCAGCCCUACGGCAAAGAUGGGCUGCACUCCAAGUCGGUGCAGCUCAACGGACAGCCUCUGGCCAUGGUGGACGACGGGACCCUCCCCGAGCUAAAGCCCCGGCCGCUGCGGGCCGGCCGCACGCUGGUCAUCCCCCCGCUGACCAUGAGCUUCUACGUGGUGAAGAACGUGAACGCGUUGGCCUGCCGCUACCGAUAGCCCGCGGCCCGCAACGGACCCACCGCUCGCUCCCCGGGACGCGCCGCUCCUCGGCAGCACGGCGCGGGCACCGCAUCGCACCUCCUCCCCAAAGCCCGGACGCCCUCCAGCUCGGCACCCUCUGCCCCCACCCGUGCCCGCUCCGCCCCGCGCACUGACGGCGGGGCUGCGGGGCUCCACCGGGAGGGUCGGGGCCGGGCCCGCCCCGCGUGCGGGGAGCUCGCAGCGAGCAUGGAAGCAGCUCCCUCUGCUGCCGCUGCGAGCGCUGCCCGGACGCCGUGGGACGGGGGGAGCCGCGCGGGCGGGGCCUCGGCUGUAAAUGUUGGUAAUUAAGUUAAUGAGGCCCGCGGUGACGGGGAGCUCCUCGCCGUGCUAGGCGGAGGCGGCUCAGGCUGCGGGAGCGGAGGGUGCGGGCUGGAGCAGCCGGGACGCACCGCGACGGAACGCGAGGCAUAAUAAAGCUGCGCUGCCCACCGCACCCGCCUCUUCUGUUCGCCGCGGGGCGGCACCGGAGCGGGGCGAG